CGGCGGCGACGGAGGAGCGGCGCUGAGGAGGGAACCGGGCCAGACUCAGCCCGACAGCGGGAUUAGAGUCCUCCAGAAAACACACCGCAUAGCCCAUGAGGUGGAAUGGUGAUGUCUCCAUGAGGGAACCUCCUCUCAUUCAUCCUGUCAUGUGUAUCAUACUGUUCUCGACUGGGCAAUUCAUCUAAGAUGGGAUUUACCCUGUGACACAAACAGGGAGAAGAUUUAUGGACCCCAAACAUCGUUUCAAGUUGUAGUUGAGUUUUUUGAAAUAUCGACAAUACCCUGCAAAGCUCUUUUGCUUUGGACCCUCUGCUGUAUUAAAGCUGCUGUGUUGCUAACCCAGCACUGCUCCAGUGUGUUGAUUGAUCAUCAUGGCUUCAGUUUGGAAGAGACUGCAGCGUGUGGGAAAACAUGCAUCCAAGUUCCAGUUUGUGGCUUCCUACCAAGAGCUGAUGGUUGAGUGUACUAAGAAAUGGCAACCAGAUAAACUGGUGGUAGUUUGGACAAGAAGAAGCCGAAGGAAGUCUUCUAAGGUUCAUAGCUGGCAACCUGGAAUAAAAAAUCCAUACCGUGGUGUUGUAGUGUGGCCUGUUCCUGAAAACAUUGAAAUCACUGUGACACUUUUUAAGGAUCCUCAUGCAGAGGAAUUUGAAGACAAAGAGUGGACAUUUGUCAUAGAAAAUGAAUCUCCUUCUGGUCGAAGAAAAGCUCUUGCUACUAGCAGCAUCAACAUGAAACAGUAUGCAAGCCCUAUGCCGACUCAGACUGAUGUCAAGUUAAAAUUCAAGCCAUUGUCUAAAAAAGUUGUAUCUUCCACUCUCCAGUUUUCUUUAUCUUGCAUUUUCCUUCGGGAGGGAAAAGCCACGGAUGAAGACAUGCAAAGUUUGGCUAGUUUGAUGAGUAUGAAGCAGGCUGACAUUGGCAAUUUGGAUGACUUUGAAGAAGAUAAUGAAGAAGAUGAUGAGAACCGAGUGAACCAGGAGGAAAAGGCAGCAAAAAUUACAGAGCUUAUCAACAAACUUAACUUUUUGGAUGAAGCAGAAAAGGACUUGGCCACUGUGAAUUCAAACCCAUUUGGUGAUCCAGAUGUAACAGAUUUAAAUCCAUUUGGAGAUCCUGACUCAGAAGAACCAAUCACUGAGAAAGUGUCUUCUAAAAAACCAGAAGAAUCUUUUUAUAAUAACAGCUAUAAUCCCUUUAAAGAGAUACAGACUCCACAAUAUUUGAACCCAUUUGAUGAGCCAGAAACCUUUGUAACUGUAAAGGACUCUCCUCCCCAGUGUACAAAAAGAAAAAAUAUAAGGCCUGUGGACAUGUCCAAGUACCUUUAUGCUGAUAGUUCUAAAACUGAAGAAGAAGAGUUGGAUGAAUCAAAUCCUUUUUAUGAACCUAAGCCAAGUCCUCCUCCAAAUAAUUUGGUAAAUCUGGUUGAAGAACUGGAAACUGAAAAGAAAAUGAAAAGAAAGGCUCCAUCCCCACCAGUUAUCUCACCAAAGACAGGAAGAGUAAGUGAAAACACAGUUGUUUCUGCAGGAAGAGAUCUUACAACUUCUCCUAAGCCAAGUCCUAUACCAAGUCCUGUUUUGGGGAGAAAGCCAAAUGCUAGUCAGUCAUUGCUUGUAUGGUGCAAAGAAGUUACAAAAAACUACCGUGGAGUGAAAAUCACCAAUUUUACUACAUCAUGGAGAAAUGGUUUAUCUUUUUGUGCAAUAUUACACCAUUUUAGACCAGAUUUAAUUGACUACAAGUCUCUGAAUCCUCAAGAUAUUAAAGAGAACAACAAAAAGGCAUACGAUGGAUUUGCCAGCAUAGGAAUUUCCCGGUUAUUGGAACCUUCUGAUAUGGUUUUAUUAGCAAUUCCUGACAAACUGACUGUUAUGACUUACCUCUAUCAAAUAAGGGCACAUUUCAGUGGCCAAGAACUAAAUGUUGUUCAGAUAGAGGAAAACAGCAGUAAAAGCACAUAUAAAGUUGGAAACUAUGAAACAGAUACAAACAGUUCUGUUGAUCAGGAAAAAUUCUAUGCAGAGCUUAGUGAUCUGAAGCGGGAGCCUGAACUGCAGCAGCCUAUCAGCGGAGCAGUAGACUUCUUAUCUCAGGAUGACUCUCUAUUUGUAAAUGAUAGUGGGGUUGGAGAGUCAGAAAGUGAGCAUCAGACUCCUGAUGAUCACCUUAGUCCAAGCACAGCCUCCCCUUACUGCCGCAGGACUAAAAGUGACACAGAACCCCAAAAGUCCCAGCAGGGCUCUGGAAGGACUUCAGGAUCCGAUGACCCUGGAAUAUGUCCCAACACAGAUGCAACCCAAGCACAGGUUUUGUUAGGCAAGCAGAGACUAUUGAAAGCUGAGAACCUAGAAUUAAGUGACUUAUAUGUUAGUGAUAAGAAGAAGGAUGUGUCUCCACCCUUUAUUUGUGAGGAAACAGAUGAGCAAAAACUUCAGACUGUAGAUGUUACUAGGAACUUGGACCAAGAAAAAUUGGACGAUUUUCUACCAUUAGAAUGCAGAUCAGAUACUGAAUCACCUGUCAAAAAAACAAGUUUAUCUCCCACUGCUAAACUUGGAUACCCAUACAAUAGAGAUGCAGACCCUGCAAAGAAAAAACAUAGUUCCCUGAAGCAGACAGAGACUGAUCCAGAUGCUGACAGAACCACUUUAAAUCAUAUAUCCACAAAAACAGUCCAGCAUCGAAUGUUAUCCAGACAAGAAGAACUUAAAGAAAGAGCAAGAGUUCUGCUUGAGCAAGCAAGAAGAGAUGCAGCUUUAAAGGCAGGGAAUAAGCAGAAUACCAGCACAGCCACACCACUCUGCAACAGGCAGCUAAGUGAUCAGCAAGAUGAAGAGCGGCGUCGGCAGCUGAGAGAGAGAGCUCGUCAGCUAAUAGCAGAAGCUCGAUCUGGAGUGAAGAUGUCAGAACUUCCCAGCUAUGGUGAAAUGGCUGCAGAAAAGUUGAAAGAAAGGUCAAAGGCAUCUGGAGAUGAAAAUGAUAAUAUUGAGAUAGAUACUAACGAGGAGAGUCCUGAAGGCUUUGUUGUAGGAGGUGCAGAUGAAUUUACUAAUUUAGGAAAUGACCUUGAUAUUCCCGAACAAAACACUAAGUUGGUGGACUUGAAACUGAAGAAGCUCCCAGAAGCUCAGCCACAGGUGGCAAAUUCAUUCUCCAGUGCUCCUCAGAAAGCUGUAACUGAGAGCUCAAAGCAAGACAUUAAGAAUGGCACAGAAGAUCUCCAGAUUGAACGAUUACAAAAAGCGACAGAACGUUUCAGAAAUCCUGUUGUGUUCAGCAAGGAUACUACAGUUAGAAAAACUCAACUUCAGUCUUUCAGUCAAUAUGUUGAGAAUAGACCAGAGAUGAAAAGGCAGAGAUCAAUACAGGAAGAUACAAAGAAAGGAAAUGAGGAGAAGGUGGCGAUAGCUGAAACUCAGAGGAAGCCAUCAGAAGAUGAAGUGCUUAAUAAAGGGUUCAAAGACACCAGUCAGUAUGUUGUAGGAGAAUUGGCAGCACUAGAGAAUGAGCAAAAGCAAAUUGACACCCGUGCCGCGCUGGUGGAGAAGCGCCUUCGCUAUCUCAUGGACACAGGGAGGAACACAGAAGAAGAAGAAGCUAUGAUGCAGGAAUGGUUUAUGUUAGUUAAUAAAAAAAAAAUGCCUUAAUAAGGAGAAUGAACCAGCUCUCUCUUCUGGAAAAAGAGCAUGACCUGGAAUGAAGGUAUGAGCUGCUGAACCGGGAAUUGCGGGCAAUGCUAGCCAUCGAAGAUUGGCAGAAGACCGAGGCCCAGAAGCGACGCGAGCAACUCCUGCUGGACGAGCUGGUGGCCCUGGUGAACAAGCGCGACGCGCUUGUCAGGGACCUGGACGCGCAGGAGAAGCAGGCCGAAGAAGAAGACGAGCAUUUGGAGCGAACUCUGGAGCAAAACAAAGGCAAGAUGGCCAAGAAAGAAGAGAAAUGUGUUCUUCAGUAGCGGCCGGACCGGAAUCUCGCCCAACAUUUUAGAGUCUUGGGUUCCUGACCAGAAAAAGUCAGACUCAUUGUUGAUUUAAAACUUUUAACAUUCUGUUUGGUUGGAUUGUACUUCUUUACCACCAACACCCCUUUUCCUCUCCUACCGUUCCAGAUAAUAUACAAAAUUACAAAAUAGAUUUGUUUCAAGAUUUGUUAGUGAGUUAAUCAUUUCCUUGAAAUCAUGUGAAAUAAAUUUGCACAGACACCUUGUGAGUACUUGGUAUUGGGGGUGUUCAAGAAGCUGUUCAAAAAAGAAAAAAUGCUCCCUGCAUUAUUUCUUUUUUUUUCUUUUUUCUUUUUUUUUUUUUUU